GUAAGUGGCCAUGUAAAUAAUAUUUUGAAAGCGUCUUUUAUUAAAUCGGUAUUGGUGUAUAGGAUUUUUCUUUUAUAUUGAGAACGCCAGUCACUUUAUGUUCUUAUAUCGAACAUGUAAAUUGAGGAAAUAAGUUAUGGCAGACAAACUGACACCAGAACAAAUAGCAGAGUUCAAGGAGGCGUUUAAUCUGUUUGACAAGGAUGGUAGCGGCACGAUCUCAACGAAGGAGCUGGGCGUCGUCAUGAGAUCUCUUGGGGAGAAUAAAUCGGACGCCGAGCUGCAGACUAUGAUCCAGGAAGUAGAUGUCGACGGUAACGGUGAGAUCGACUUCGAAGAAUACUUGGCGAUGAUGGCGAAACGCUGUCAGUACACGGGGUCCGCCGAUCAGAUCAGAGAGGCCUUCAAGGUGUUUGACAAGGACGAGAAGGGUUACCUGACGGUCGACGAGCUGCGGCAUAUCAUGACCAGCCUGGGCGACAAGCUACCGGACGAGGAGGUUGACGAGAUGCUCUCCAUCGUCGACGACGACGGCAACGGGAUCAUAGACUAUGAAGAAUUUUCCCAGAUGUUAGCGAAGACGUGAUAUUGGGAUGUUCCAGAAAAUAUAUACAUGAAUAUUGCGAACCCAUGACAGACAGCUCUUUCAGCAGUCAGGCUUUCAUUGUGUCAUCCAACAUUAUACCUUAUACAUGUCCAUGUUUUAUAUGCUAUAUUGCAUAAAGUAGCCGUCAUUAUCUUGUUUCGGAAUGUGAACAUUUGCCGUAAAACAAUUUUAUGAUGAAAGUAUACAUCUCAAUUAGUUUGUCUUAAAUGCAUACACAUAUAUACCUUUUUUCAUAAAAUGGUAUAUUUCAUUAUUAUUUUCAAACAAUUGAACUUGAACUAUUGUUCCUGAACCAUAUGUUCUCGAGCAAUCGCGAUUUCGAGUUAUCGCCUGUAACGCCUUUCGCUUCUAUACAUUCCUUAUUGCUGUAACGUUUACGGACAAGUUACGUGCUAUUACAUUACUUGAUAUUACUACCAUGUCUUCCUCACAUUUCGUAACAAGACAAUUAUCUAAUUACAUUUACAUAUUAUUCACUUUUUAUUGUUGUCAUAAAUUCUGUUGAUUAAAGAUGCUUUAUAA